AUGUCGGCGUCGUCGCUCAAGUCUAAGUUUGAGGAGCUGGCCCGGCCGAAGGACCCCAACGUGGAGGAGGUGACUAAGACGUCGUGGGCCACCAGCGGCAACUCUGGCGGGAUGUCCAACGAGGGCAAGUUCCAGAAGACCGCCACCGUGGUGGGCACCAAGAAGAAGGGACCCCCGCCCAAGAAGAGCUUGACUGACCUGCCCUAA